AUUCCCAAGCUUAUAUAAUGCCUAGAUGGACAAAGGCUGCUAUUUUGCCAACAAUCAGCUCUUUUCUUACACAAGCUACAAAUACUAUGGUUGGUAAAGUAUUGGAAGAUUCUGUUUGGAGAGUCCAAAUGACUAGGAAGUUCAACACAGUAUUGGCUGGAAGUGCUGGUAUACCAGAAGCUAGGGUAUUAUGUGAACAAGGUAAUGACUCUAUCAGAAACUUCUUAGACAUUCAAAAAUGCGUUUCUGUCGGAGAUGAAACUGCUUCAGAACCAAGGAGCAUUUUGGAUCCUCCACGCUCUCGUCCUAAAGGUCAGCGAAAUACACGAAAGAAAAGCACUGUUGAAAAAUAGUGUAAAAUAGUCAAAGCUCGCAGGUCCAAAUCCCAAAAUGUUGCCAGUAAUUCUACAGUAGUUGCCCAAUCUGUUGUAUAGGAUACUGUUAAUUUGAUGGUUCCACAUGGCUAUCUUGCUCAUCCAGUUGGGGGAAUGACUUCUUUGAUGCCAUUUGUGGAUCUCCACAAGUUUUCGCGCCGUACUUUGUGCAAUCAAAUGUUGUGAAUCAACAACACAUUUAGUUGAAGUAGUUUUUAUAUUUUUUCAUUUUGUUGAGAAAUGUUCCCAAGUUAUUUUCUGUUUAAG